GAUGGCGGACGAUUUGCAAUUUUCGUUUGGAACCUUUGGUUAGAGUUUUCACGAGUAACUUGCCUAGUUUUACCGCAAAACGAACUUUGUUUUUUGCAAUGGACAAGCUGGAAAAACCUCAGGUUAUCGUGCAUGUACAGAAAGUGUUAAAUUACACUGCCUAUGAUGCGAAGUGGAUACCCUGUAGUGCAAGAUUUGUUGUGCUUGGUUCUCAUCCCAAAGGAACUGGUGCAAUGCAGAUUUAUGAAGUGUCUCGUGGCACUGCGAACUUAUUAACAGACGUGGAGAAGAAGGCCUCGUUCAAGUGUGGCACAUUCGGAGGAAGCAGCUUGCAACAGAGGCAUCUGGCCACCGGCGACUUUGAAGGAAAACUAAUGAUGUGGAAUUUAGAAAAGACAGAAUUACCAGUUUACUCUGUGAAGGCUCACAAGGAAAUUAUUAAUUGUAUCAAUGGUGUUGGUGGUGUUGGUAUUGGUGAAGGUGCUCCAGAACUGGUGACUGGAAGCAGAGAUGGUGCAGUAAAAGUUUGGGAUCCAAGGCAGAAAGAUGAACCUGUCGCGAACAUGGAACCUGCAGACGGUCAGGAUCGUAGAGACUGUUGGUGUGUUGCUUUUGGUAAUGCAUAUAAUGCUGAUGAAAGAACCGUUGUUGCUGGUUAUGAUAAUGGUGACAUUAAAUUAUUUGACUUGAAGAACAUGUCACUUCGUUGGGAAACAAAUGUUAAGAAUGGGGUAUGUGAUAUUCAGUUUGAUCGAAGAGACAUUUUGAUGAACAAGCUUGUGGCAACAACAUUGGAAUCCAAGCUCUUCUUGUGGGAUAUGAGAACGCAACAUCCAACCAAAGGUUUUGCCAUGUUGUCAGAAAAGGCCCAUAGUUCAACUAUUUGGUGUGUUCGCCACCUACCCCAAAAUCGUGAAGUUUUUAUGACAUGUGGUGGCAGUGGAUCUCUAAACCUCUGGAAAUAUUCCUACCCUCCAAAGAGAGUGAUGAAGGAUAGCGAAGGACAGGAAAUGGGCGUUGUUGGAUCUGUUGACCUUUUACAAAAUGUCAAUCUUUCAACGCAACCGGUAUCGUCUUUAGAUUGGUGUCCGGACAAGGAGGGGCUGGCUGUUUGCACAUCAUUUGAUCAAACUGUUCGAGUUUUAAUUGUCACUAAAUUAAAGAAAGUUUGACGGGUACUGCAUUUGUUGGUGAUGAUACAGAAACAGAUUGUUGACAAAACAUGUACAUUGAUGUGUGUGUAUUAAGCUAGGUGUGAAAAAAUUGUAUAAAAUGUAAAAAGUAGAAAAUAAGAACAUUA